GGCGCCCCCAGCCUGCGGUCCCAGGAUGCACUGCGCCGCGUCCCUCCCUGGACUCCAUUUCCCAGCGGUCCCUGCGGCCGGCGCCAGCUGCUCGCCCGAGCGCCGCGGCCCCUUUGUGAGUCCGCGGGUCCCGCCCCGGCCCGGCCCGCGGAGAUGCGGGGCCCCCGGCCUCGGCCCGCCGCGCGGAGGGAGGCGCCCGCCUGCGGGGAGGAGGUGCUCGCCCUUCCCCAGACACUGCGCCUCUGCCGGAGAGGAGCCUGAGGGAGGGGCGGGAAGCGCUGCCAUCCGUCCUCAGGCUCCGAAAGCCAUGUCCCAGGAUUUGGUGACAUUUGGAGAUGUGGCUAUAGAUUUCUCUCAAGAGGAGUGGGAAUGGCUAAAUCUUGCUCAGAGGAAUUUGUACAGGAAGGUGAUGUUGGAGAACUACAGGAACCUGGAGUCGCUGGGAGUUUCAGUUUCGAAGCCAGAGGUGAUCUCACUUCUGGAGCAAGGAAGAGAGCCCUGGAUGGCAGCGAAGGCCAGGACAGAAGGCACAUGCUCUGAUUGGGAGUAUGCAUUUAAAAACAGUGAAUUUUCAUCAAAGCAAGUUAUUUAUGAAGAAUCAUCCAAAGUAGUGACAACAGGAAGAAGCCAUCUUAGUUACAGCCUUGAUUGCCCCAGUUUGAUAGAAGACUAUGAAAGUGGGGACUGGUUUAACAACAAGUUGCAAAGUAAGGAGGUACAUCCUAGUCAACUGAUCAUCACGCAUAAGGAAAUCCUUACUGAAGAUCAAAGUAGUGAAUGUACUAAAUCUUGGCAAACUUUCCACCAGGAUGCAAUAUUUGCUAUAAAACAGGGUUUUCCCACCAAAGAAAGAACACAUAAGCAUGAGCCACAAAAGAGAAAAUACCGCAAAAAAUCUGUGGACAUGAAGCCUAAGAAAGUCUAUGUAGAAAAGAAACUUUUGAAAUGUAAUGAGUGUGAGAAAGUUUUCAACCAGAGCUCAUCCCUUACUCUUCACCAGAGAAUUCAUACCGGGGAGAAACCCUAUGCCUGUGUUGAAUGUGGGAAAACCUUCAGCCAGAGUGCAAACCUGGCUCAACAUAAGCGAAUACACACCGGAGAGAAGCCCUACGAAUGUAAGGAAUGUAGGAAAGCCUUCAGCCAGAACGCACACCUCGCUCAGCACCAGAGAGUUCACACUGGAGAGAAACCUUACCAGUGUAACGAGUGUAAGAGAGCCUUCAGCCAGAUUGCACACCUGACGCAACACCAGAGGGUUCACACUGGAGAGAGACCGUUCGAAUGUAUUGAGUGUGGAAAGGCCUUUAGUAACGGUUCGUUUCUUGCUCAGCAUCAGCGAAUUCAUACAGGGGAGAAACCUUAUGUAUGUAAUGUGUGUGGGAAAGCCUUUAGCCAUCGUGGUUACCUAAUCGUGCAUCAGAGGAUUCACACCGGAGAGAGACCUUACGAGUGUAAGGAAUGCAGGAAGACCUUCAGCCAGUAUGCGCACCUGGCUCAGCACCAGAGAGUUCACACUGGAGAGAAACCGUAUGAGUGUAAGGUGUGUAGGAAAGCCUUCAGCCAGAUCGCAUACCUCGAUCAGCACCAGAGGGUCCAUACUGGAGAGAAACCUUAUGAAUGCAUUGAAUGUGGGAAGGCCUUCAGCAAUAGUUCAUCGCUGGCACAACACCAGCGGAGUCACACGGGAGAGAAACCUUACAUGUGUAAGGAGUGCAGGAAAACAUUUAGCCAGAAUGCAGGCCUUGCCCAGCACCAGCGGAUCCAUACUGGAGAGAAACCUUACGAAUGCAACGUGUGUGGGAAAGCCUUUAGCUACAGUGGCUCUCUUACCCUGCAUCAAAGAAUUCACACUGGAGAGCGACCCUACGAAUGUAAGGACUGCAGGAAAUCGUUCAGGCAGCGUGCACACUUGGCUCAUCACAAGAGAAUUCACGCUAUGGAGUCUUUCUUGAGUCUCUCCUCUUCCUCACCCUCCAUGUCCAGCCAUUUGCCAAAAGCUAUAGGUUUUAUCUCCUAAAUAUGCCUUGAAUCUCACUCCUUUAAUCAUUUCCACUCCAUCACCUUCAUCCAGUGCACAAUAACCUACUUGACGUGGUCUAUGGAAAUAGCUUCCUAAUUGGAUUACUGUGUUGACCACUUACUUUGUCAGUUGUCACACUGCAGACAAACCUAUUAAAAAUAGUUUGAUCAUAUCACUCUCAUUAAAACCCCUCCUGGCAUACUAUAGUUCUUAGGUUAAAGCACACAGUCCUCAAAAUAGCCUAAGAGAACUUCCCCCAAUACCUCGUUCCAGCCUACCUUACAAAGCCCCAUCUCAUGCCAAUAUCCAUCUCAUUCUCUGAAGACUUAUCCAGAAUUAAGAACUCAUGCCCGCAUCAAAUAGAUCUUGGUUCUAAUCCUUGCUCUUCCCUUUUUUAGCCCUCUAAUCUUGGAGAAACAUUUUGUCAUUUGUAAGCUUCAGUUUUUAAAAAAAUAUAUAUUUCAUUGAUUUUUUACAGAGAGGAAGGGAGAGGGACAGAGUCAGAAACAUCGAUGAGAGAGAAUCAUUGAUCAGCUGCCGCCUCCACACCUCCCACUGAAGAUGUGCAUGCAUCCAAGGUACAUGCCCUUGACUGGAAUUGAACCUGGGUCCUUUCAGUCCUUAGGCCGAUGGUCUGUACACUGAGCCAAACCGGUUAGGGCUUCAGUUUUAUAUUAUAGAAAUAAUAAUGGUACUACCUCGGAAGUUAAUGGGUCCUAGGCCGGCUUGCUCAAUGGUUAGAGCAUUGGGCUGCAGAGUGAAAGGUUGUGGGUUCAAUUCCGGUCAAGGGCAUGUACCUCAGUUGCAGGCUUGAUCCCUAGCCUCAAUUGGAGCAUGUGCAGGAGGCAACCAAUCAGUGUCUCUCUCACAUUUAUGUUUCUCUCUCCUUUUACUCUCUCUAAAACUCAAUGGAAAAAAAUAUCCUUGGGUGAGAAUUAACAACAAAAAUAUUAAUGCGAACAUUAAAUGAGAUAAUGCAUGUAAAUGGCCCGGCAGAUAGCCUAGCAUAAAGUAGUCUUUCAAUAAACUGUAAAAUAAAAAGAUACUGUGGUAUUCAAAGAAAACAUGACCAUCUUAACAAUGAUUAGCUGAGAAAGAGCAAAUGCAGCAGCUGUCUCAGGUUGUAGAGAUUAUUGAUUAGGAACAGUGGUCAUUGUUCUAAAGGUGGGUGGGUGACCUGGGUAUCUAAUACAGUAGGAUUGAUGUUCAAGUACAUGAUAAUAGAGAGUAAGAUAGUGGCUGCUAUUUCAGCAUGGCUAUCUAGGAAUAUAUGACUUUGUUGGUAAGAAAAAUUAACUUCAUUACAUAUUAAUUCUAAGCAGUCAGAUUUUAAAAACCAAUUUGUGAUUAGUAGAAUUUACUUACUGAGAUGCAGUCUUCAUUUCCAUUUAAACAAAGGCAAAAAGAUAGUUAAAAGAAAACUUGAAAAAUAAAGGUUAAGUUUGACCCCUGCUCCUAAUUCCAGGAGGAUGCAUUGUUUUACACCUAUGCCAUUUAAAAUAGAAAAAGUUGAGCUUCUAAGCUGUAAUUCUAAGACUGGAGGGGGAAAGAAACCAACACUAUAUAGGUCGAUACUCAUAAACUGGCUGCCUACAAACAUGUUUGAUUUGGUAUGCAUCAAGUAUUUUUUUUUAAUUUAUAGAUUUUUUAAAAGAGAAACAUUGAUUUGUUGUCCCACUUAUUUAUGCAUUCAUUAGGUAAUUAUUGUAUGUGUCCUGACCAGGGUUAGAACCCAUAACCUUGGUGUAUCAGGACUAUACUCUAACCAACUGAGCUACGAGCUACUCAGCCAGGGAUGGUAUGCAUUAAACUAAAAAGGAAUCUGAAUACCUUUAGGUGGGCAUGUGUUUUCCAGCUCACCACAGUUCAAACCAUUCCCUGUUCCCUUAUCUUUGACUUGUUUUAUAUUUCAUAUUAUGUUCUCUUCGAGAAUACAGUCAAUGCAUUAACCCACUCACAUGAAUACAGGUACAAAGAAAAUGAUGAAAGUUAACACAUUGUAUGCAGGAAACGUAUUUAUACGUUUUACGCUGCCUGGUGGUAGAGCGCGGGACACGUAUUUUAUAGACGCUGGAUACGUUUUUUAUAGACUAGCGGUAGAAUGCGGGGAACGCAUAAAUACAUAAACUAAAGUUAUCGUAAUUUUACUCAACGUUGCCAUUUGCGCAAAAAAUUAGCAAAAAUGGCCCGUGCCACCUGUUAGCGCGCGAUAAAAACUACCCGCAAACAAUUUAAUAGAGGGUGAAAGAAGGCUUGAGCAGACAUUUAUCCUUCUGCAGGGGAAGACUCGGUGUUACACUGAUGUUAGUAGGCCCAAAUUCACCCACAGAUUCCUUGUACCUAACGAAAUCCCAAUAAGAAUUUCUUAAGGCUUGAAAGAUUGUCUCUGUGAACAUACACAGAUACAUUCAAACAGAUAUACAUAUAAAGAUAUACAUAAUAAAGGUGAUAUUUCAUGCCAGUGGCUUAACAGUUUUGGUCAAAUUGACUGCUUUGCACAAAACGAUCCCCUCAUUCUUUUAUCCCCUCUUUUUUUUUUAUUUUUAUUUUUUAUCCAAAUGUGAAACAGUGAUUAAAGGACACGGGAACAUACUUUAUAGAGCGAGAACAAUCUUCCUAAGUGACAUGAGAUCCAGAAGCCACACACACAAAGAUUCUAGGUUUGAUUGUGUAAGAACUUUAUUAGGUAUAGAGUCAAAGACAGUAUAAACAAAAGGCUUAAACAGAAUUAGAGGGAAUCAUUAACCCAUGAAAUUCAUAUUCUUAACACACAAGUGCUCCUACAAUCACUUAGAAAAUGGCACUUCCUCCCGCCAUGGGCAAAGGGUAUGAAGAGGCAACAGGUGACUGAUGAACAUGUGGUAAGUACUGAAUCUCAGUAGGAUCAGAAGAAAUACAAGUUAAGCCAGUGAAUUAUUUACACUGCCAAAGCAAAUGAAAGGAGAUGCUCUAUGUGCCGAGUGAAGAAAAAUGAAUUACAGAACUUCUUGUGAACGGCAACUUGUCGAUACCAGAAUUUUCCUGGGCCAAACCACGAAUUUCUUUUGCAGUUAACAAAUAGCACACAGUGUAUCUCCCAACAAUGGCAAAGGCACCAAACAAGCAGAAAAGAGAGGGUCAGGAAGAAUAGCUAGACCAGAUAGAACUCUACUCAUUCCAAAAUUAAAAUUCUAGCCUUGCAGAGGCUCUAUGGAUUACUGGUAGAGUCCGUCUUACCCAAUUUCCUCUACUAAAAAAAAAAUAAGGGGGGGGGGGGAGCCAAAUUAAAUAAAAAUAAACAUGCCAGCAUCAUUGAAAUAGGAAGUGAUACCACCUCAUAUCACACAUUAUGAAAAGGAGAAUACAGAAUCAGCAGUUAGGGCCACACUAAAGAACAUGCCAGGAUCUUUGGCGAACUCUACCCUCUGAUAAGAGCAGCACAAUGGAGAAAACGUAGGCAGAAGGAACUCUGAAAAACUAGACUAAUAUAACCCAACAUGGUGGGAUGAAGGUGCUUAAAAUUCCUCUAAGAGGCCUUCAUUCUAGAUCCUCGUCUGAAGAGCAAAGGCAAGUUGGCAAUAUCUGUUAAAAUUCGUCUAUCUUGUGAUCUACCAAUUUAUCCUCCAAAAAUAUUGGUAAAACCUUACAAAAGUGUAUGUAGAAGAAUGUUAAUCGCAACACUUUUUAAAAAAAUAUAAACCCUAGACCCACAGUGGUCCCUGCCCUCGCUAAAUGCUCUAUGAGAUCUGCACUUCCGGUGAAGAUGGAAUUGGAGGGAAUAGUUUACCUUCCCACCUGAAAUACUAAAAUCUAUAAAACCUUGGUGUUGAUGAGACUGGUCACUGGGCAACGAAACAGGCCCAUGGGAAAUGGGAAAUGAGUGAGGGGAAUACGGGACUAUGAUUCCCCCAGGGAACCACAUGCGUUAUUUCCAAGGCUUUGUGUGUGGUCUCUGAGUGGAGGCGAUGGAGCUGGGAGACGAAGAGGCUGAGGUGGUUGGAGUUCACAGGAUAAAGUGCCAGGCACUUAGAGGAAAAACAACCCCGACUCCUGCAGCAUCGUUACCCGAGUAAGAACUCUAGUUUUUAGCUAGAAUCCUGAACAGGACGUGUGUGCGUGGAAAUCACCUGAAGUUGCGGAAAGGACUGAUGGCGUUCUAAGGAGAAAUAGACAAAUCCACAAUGACGAGACUUUGACAUGCAUCUCUCAACAGGACAAGGAGACAGAAAGUCAGCAAGGAUGCUGAAAACCUAGACAACACGACGUGCGAACUUGACUUAAUGGGCACUUUGAAACUAUUCCACCCAAGGACAGAAUAUACAAUCUCUUCAAAUGCACAAAGCACACUGACCAAGGCAGACCAUAUGGUAGAUUUUAAAAUGUCUCAAAUUUAAAAGGGUUCAAGUCCUACAAAAUGUUUUAGUGACCAGAACAGAUUAAAUUAGCAAUCAAUAACAAACAUAACUGGAAAAUCCCCAAAUAUUUGGACCUAAAUAGCCCAAUUUUUAGCAACCCAUCGGUCAAGAGAUACCAGAAUGGGAAAAUAGAAAGUAUUUGAAUGAAAAACCACAGAAUAUCAAAAGGUUUAACACUGUACUGAAAAGGAAAUAUAGCACUAAUUGCUAAGGUAUAAAACUCUCACAUCAGCGACUUCAAUUUCCACCCUAACACUUCAGAAAAUGAACAAUAAACACCCGAGUUAGCAUAAAAAUGGAAUAAUAAAGAUAAUAAAAAUUGA